CACAAUUCCUCUCGCAAGGCAGUAAAAAGGCUCCUCUCGAGACACCGACUCCAAAGUAUCGUGGUCAAGGACCGUCAAAAUCGCACCCUCGAAUGCUUUGAUGAUCGUCUUUGGCCAUGGAAUACCGCGACAAGAAUGCCCAGUCGUUCCUUGCGGGGGCCAACAGGUUUCCCACGCGAAAUAAGGCCCCUCCUGGUCGAUACCCGCCCGGCCGUUUCCCCUCUGUCUCAGCCUCGACUUCGAUAAAGCCUCCCAACGAAGCCCAGAACUCUCUUAAGGACGCCUCUGCAGCCAAGUCCGAACACAAUAUGCCCGAUCCGUCUACACCCGAUACCGCCAUUACCAAGAUGUCUUGUGUCCCUGAUCUUGGCCAUGGUGAAGUCAAGCUGACCGUUGACCAUGUCAACAGCCUGGAUUUCAUUCCCAACAGUCCCCAGCAGCCCAGCAGCUCCGAGAUUCCCCUCCAGUUGGAGGCAGAGAAAGAUACCCAGGAGGCCAAUGACCAAAAGCAACUGACUUGGAGACCUGUUACCCCUCGUGCAGAAGUCGACGAGCCUGAGGUGGAGAGCCCCGUUGUCCCGAAGAGCCCGAAGAGUCAGUCGGCGUGGGAAAUCAGCAUCGAUGGCAUUGAUAGCCCCGGUGUUGUCAAUCAAGUUGCCGGAAUCACUGGUGACGAUGUCACGGGAAGCAGCAAAGACGCCGACCAGCCCGUCGAAGGGGCAGAUAUUCGAAAUGAAAUUGCCCCGAAGCACAAGCUCGAGAACGUCGGUGGAAUAAUCCGAAAAGACCCCUGGAUGAACGAGGGCGAUGACGACUUCAUAUUUCGUACUCGCGAGUUUUACCAUGCCUUCAUUGUUGACUGGAACUCCAGGAUCGCCCACGACGUCCGGCCGACCUUCCUUGAGGACGGUAGCCAUGAGCUGCACUGGCUGUGCGACAUCGACACCGAAACGGGCCUUCUCCGGCCGCCCGUCGAACAACCCGCGACCUUCGUCGACAUGAACGACGAAAUGAAGUUGAAGCCCAGCCUGCGUGACCAUCGACGAAACUGGAACAGCGAAUAUCUCAUCGCACGCGAGAACAGGGUGAGAGGCAAGAAGGCCCGGCGGCUACACCAGGCGCGUACCUACGCCCGCUGCGAGGUCGAGGUCGACCAGCCGCAACCAGCUCCCCCCCCGCCCGGAAAAGUCGAGGUCGACUGCGUGCUCCGUCCCGCCAAGCCCUCCGACCUCCGCGGCAUCGUCGACAUCUACAACUGGGAGAUCAAGCGCGGCAUUCGCGCCUGGGACACCGAGCUCGUCGACGACGAGGACUUCCGCCGCAUCGGCCGCACCUGCAGGGACGCGAAGCUCCCCUUCAUCGUCGCCGUCCACCGCCCCGUCGAUCUCAACGACGCCGGCAACUGGCCCUCCAAGGAGAUGUGGGAGGAGUUCAGAGCGUGGUCUGCCGCUUCGCAAAUGGGGGGCCUGCAGUUCAAGAAGCGGGAGCCCACCGUCAUCGGCUUCGGCUUCAUGCAACCUUAUGACAGCGGCUUCGGGCGCGGGAAGCAUGUCGGCCGGCUCACAAUGAAGCUCUCCGUUUUCGUCCACCACGAGUAUCGCCGGAAGCACGUCGGAACCGCCAUCAUUGACCGCCUCUUGACCCACACGUCCCAUCUCCACUGCACCGGGAGCAUGCCGCACAACUAGGAGUGUGAGGCUGCCGACGGUCUGUGGGAUGACCUGCACACAGAUGGGAGACUCAAGCGGCC